AUGGCAGCGAUCCGGCUCUUUGUCCUGGGCCUCACCUUGGUUUCGGCAGAAGAUGCGCCUUUGCUGCGGGGCAGCAAUCUGACGAAGCCAGACAAUUUGACCUUGACCAAAUCGGCAUGGGGUGGCAAGGUGAUUGGCAAGGAUGUGCUCUAUGACAAGAUCAUGGGCUAUUGGGUGGGACAGCUGGUGGGCAACUUCAUGGGGUUGCCAUUUGAAUUCCAGUACAACAACGAGCCAAUGCCAUUCGAGCCCAAGACUUACUACGAUUUGGGCAGUGCCCGUGCAUCAGGGUUGCGAAUCAACACUGACGGCCGUGGACGAAUUCCUCAGAGGUUGAGUCAGUUGCAAGGUGCCUAUACAGAUGACGACACAGAUAUUGAGUUCGUGACACUUCACGCCUUGGAGAGACAUGGAUUGGACUUGAGUUACAAGCAAAUCGCCGGGUACUGGAAGAGGUUUGUGCACAUUCGUGUCAAUGGCGGUGAUGCCUUGUGGUUUGCCAACAAGGUCGCUCGAGAGAACAUGAACCGAGGUCAACUCCCACCUCAGACUGGGUCGCAGUCAAACAAUCGUUAUUGGUGGACCAUUGACCCUCAGUUGGUGAAUGAGAUCUGGAGCGCAGUGUAUCCUGGCAUGAUCGACAAGGCCGUGGAGCGAGCGGAGUGGGGUGCUCGUAUCACCAGCGACUCCUGGGGUACUCAUCCCACUCGAUUCUAUGCUGCGCUAUACUCUGGCGCCUUCUUCUCUUCCAAUGUGGACCAACUCUAUGGCAUUGCCAUGUCCAAAGUACCGGGAGACAGCCCCUUCCACCAGGGAUUGAAAGACGUUCGCAGAUGGAAAAAUGAGAGCCCACAUGAUUGGAAGCCCACCUGGUACAAAAUCAGGAACAAGUACGCCCGGUAUCCGGCUGAUUGUGGAGGCUUUCCUUGGAAUUGCGGGGUUUCUGCUAUGAUCAACGGCCUGAUGGGUGGCAUGGCAUUCCUGUAUGGUGGUGGUGACUUCCGUCGCACUGUGGGUGUGGCUAUUGCAGCUGGCUUUGACUGCGACAACCAAGCAGCUACCCUGGGCGGUCUCAUUGGUGUCAUGCACGGAGGUAAGGCAAUCCCCUACGACCUCACGCACAAGAUUGGCGGCAACAAUUGGAAGGAGCCUUUCAACAACAAAUAUGUCAAUGAACGCCGCCGGCCCCUCCCACGCGCCCUGACCAACAACCAGAUCGUUUCAAAGAUCAUGCUUCUGACCGAGCGUGCCAUCGUCCAGCAGGGCGGCCAGGACUUGGGCAACACCAUGCGGGUCCAAGUGUCAGCCGGGCUAACCAUUGAGACGGGCCGUGAGCUCGCACGGCGCUUGAGAAGCAGUGGAAAGGAAGAGUCUGCCGGGGAUGUAUUGCUAAAGGCGGCUUCAGUGACGAUGCUGCUUGACGGAAAACAAAGCAUCGAGGAGGUGCUGGAAGACUGGGGCGAAGCAAAAACACGGCCCGCCCCUGCGAUGGCGGGGCUCUCUGCACGGGAUUAUGGUGGAGGACUAUCCACAGCAGGCUGGGAGAAGCGUGCUAGCCAGGAUGUCUCCUUGACAACUGACGAUGGCUUUGAUGAGGAAGUUGCCCAAGCCGCUGGCAUCACAGACGAGGACCCAAACAAGGAGUUCCUCGCCCAGCGUGCCAAGGAGGGUCGGGCCAAAGCCAAAGAGCUGGCUGAGUUUGCCAAGCUGCAGCAAAGCCAAAAGAAGGACGCAAACAAAGGUGGUUUGGCGUCGUUGGUGGCAGAGCGCGCCUCAGCCAAAAACACGAAGAGAGAACUGCCGAGUUUCCUGAAGGUUGGUGGACACAUGGCUUGGAUUUUGCCGGACUUCUCAUGGAGUCGAAGCCUGCUGAAGAAUCUGGAGGAGCAGGCAUUGGAGGUCUGGGUGGCUAUGAGUCUGACUCUGAGGAUUAGUUCGGCUCGAGCCUGUCUCAGAUUGGUAGGCAGCUGUGCAGAGCUCCGGUCCAAAGCCGGCACCGUUAACGAACCGCGACUGCGCGACAAAAUCGGCGUGGGCUGGCUCCGUUACCAGGUCAAAGUGCCAAAGCCUGCGAAGACUGGGGACAUGGAGUCCUUGCUUGCUGAAGAGGAGACCACCUGGCUUCAGAGACAGAGAAAAGCAGCUUCAAGCACUGUCAAAGCGAAGAAAGUCCCAUUGGCGACUUCCUCAAACCAGGACAAACAAACCCAGCCCCAGCCUCCAGAUGCUCAACCGGGCAAAGAGCCACAGAAGAAGAUUGGCCUGGCAACAUGCACCAUGCUGAUGGUACCAGUUGCGCUUCUCUCCAUGGUACUACUGCGCCGGCCGUGGGCGAAGACAUGA